UCGCUGGCCAUUCAUUUCUUUCCUUUUACUUCCUCUUCUCCUUUUCAUUUCCUUUUUCUCUUUUCUCCUCGUUGGUCGUUGCCUUCCUGAGAGAACUACUUCUUCCUCCUCCUUCUCUCUCUCUCUCUCUCUCUCUCUCUCUCUCUCUCUCUCUCUCUCUUUAACACACCUUUUCUUCUGUAGUACUGUUCUUUCAUUUGAAAAAAAAAAAGGAUUUUGUCUAUGUUCUUGAUAAUCAUUGUCACAGUCGCCAUUUUUUCCCCUAAUGCUGCGUGUUUGCUUCCAUGGCUCCAUGAACUAGGCUUCCACUGAAACUGCUUUCUUGUUUUUGUUCUACUUCAAUACUAUGAUCCAAUAUCACUCUCUAGCAACGGUUCUUUGCUGGGUUUCUCUUAUACCAUUGAGCUUUUGAAAGAUCUAAGGUUAUUUCUUCUCUUCUGGGGUUUCCUCCAACAACUGGGAAAAAAAUUCUCUACUUUUGCUAGAGCAUUUCCAUCAAGAAUAUAUGAAGAUGGAGUCAAUGAAGUCAAAGAUGAAAUGGGUGUUUAAUGCAGCCAAUAAAAGCACUCUUAAUGGCAGAUGCAAUGGCAAUAUCAACGUUGAGGACUUGGAGAUUAGGCCAGGAGGAAUGCUAGUGCAAAAGAGGAUUUCUAAUUCCAAUCAGAAUUCUGUUCCAAUUCCCAGUAUUAAAAUCAGAAUUAAAUAUGGAUCUUUGAAUUACCAAAUCUGUAUUAAUUCUCAAGCUAGUUUUGGGGAAUUGAAGAAGGUGCUUGCAGAACAAACUGGAGUGCACCCUCAGGAUCAGAAACUGAUAUACAAGAAGAAGGAGAGAGAUUCCAAAGCAUUUCUUGACAUUGCAGGAGUGAAAGAUGGAUCAAAACUUAUGUUAAUUGAGGACAUUACAAGCCGAGAGAGGCGUUCACUUGAGAUGCUUAAAUCUGCUAAGAAAGAGAAGGCUUCAAAGCACUUGCAGCAAAUCAUCUUGGAAGUUGACAAGUUCCACACAAAGGUGAAAGCCUUGGAAUCCACAGGAUCUAGAGGUGAGAAAGUUGCAGAGUUGGAUGUAGAUAAUUUGAUAGAUGUGUUGAUGACUAUAUUAGUAUCAUUGGAUGGAAUUGCUGCUGAGGGAGACUUGAAGUUGCAAAAGGGAAUGCAGGAAAGAAGAGUUCAAAAGUACAUUGAAACUCUGGAUAUGUUGAAGUUGAAGUUGCAGUUGCUAAACUCCAUAGAUAAUAGAAUUGAGGAGAAAAUCUCAAAGCAGGAAGAAGAGAAUUCAACUGGGAUAAAGCCAAAACCAAUGCAGAAGCCAGUACAACAGCAAAUACUGAUGCAUUCUGAGUCAUUUGUGAUCACAACAAACUGGGAAACUUUUGAUUAAGAAGGGGAGCCAAUGCUCCAUUUUCAAUACUAUUGAUUGGAUUUGUCAUUGUAAAAUUCUUAGUUUAAUGUUUCUCUCUCUCUCUCUCUCUCUCUCUGGUUAGUCAUUCUUUUCUGGGUCAAGAGAAUAAUGUUUCUGCCGGAAAUGGCAAUUUGCAAAUUGUAUAUUACAGCAAAUGGUGGAUUGGAAGGGGGAGAGGUUUAAUUAUUAUUUUUUCUUUAAAUAUA